AAAGCGUGCUUGCACGAUCAGACUUGUUAAAAAGGUGCAAACAUUUGCACGCAGGUUGCUUAGGGCCAUAAGCACGUCUAACAUGGAAGCAAGUGCGAAUAAACAGAUGCUGGAGAAAUCGUUUGGAGGAUCAUUCAAAGACCUUUUGCAAUAUGUUUCUGAUCCCCCUGAUGUAAAACCAUUGGUCGAAUACUUUGUUGACGGGAUAAUGAAACCAAAAGAAACCGAAUGGAAAGGUCACAAAAUGUAUGGACAAGGUUUUAACGCAGAUACAAUUAAGUGGGUGUACGAAAACUGGACGCCGUGGAAAGAUGACGUCAUUGUUGCGUCGUUUCCUAAAACAGGUACAACAUGGGCGAGGCAUAUUGUUCGCCAUCUUUACUACAGAAACGACGAGAAUGUAAUGGCGAUGACCAAAACAAUGACGAUGCCGACUAUUUAUCUUGAAACGGGCAUCCCUUCGAAGUUUGAACUAUUGGAAAAACUGCCGUGGAAGAAACGAGUAAUGGCUACUCAUGUUCCAACGCAACUCCUUGACCUAGAAAAGAUUAAAUCUGCUGGAGCCAAAAUAAUAUAUACGAUACGAAACCCAAAAGACCAAUUGGUAUCAUGGUAUCACAUGACGAACAGCUUUCCUCCUAACCCACACGACAUCAAGCGACAGAUAGAAAUGUACCCGAAAGAUUGGAAUAGUUUCUUUGAGUCAAGUAUCUCGGGCAAACAACUCCUGGGCAACAAGGAAGGCGAAUGGUACAUGGAGAACUUGUUGUCAUGGUACCCUCACAGAAAUGACGAGAAUGUUUUGUUUGUUUAUUUCGAAGACCUUAUACAGGAUUCAGAAAAAGAAAUCAAAAGAAUAGCUGACUUUCUUGGAGUUUCAGUUACUCCUGAAGAUGUUUCGUGUAUUGCUAAUGCAACCUCUUUCGUUUCAAUGAAACAACAAAGUAGCAGUGGGGAACAAAUGAUCAACUUUUAUCGCAAAGGUAAAGUGGGAGAUUGGAAAAAUCACUUCACUGUCGCACAGUCAGAGAGAAUGGACGCAUUGGUUAAAGAGAAGUUAUCUGGAACUGAUAUUCAGUUCACCUAUGAACUGUAAAUUUUAGAAUUACUCAACAUAUUCGUGUAGUGACCCAAUUUAACCCAUCUCGUUACCAAGUUAGAAAACAUAAUUUGUUUUAAAUAACAGUUUUUUUUCAUAAAGCGAAAAUAUGUCAAUGUGAAUACACGUUAUUACUCAUGUGUGACAAUACAAUUCACUA